ACAUACAUCUCCGCGCUUCGUGGCAAUAAUGACCGUGUUUUUCUUUCAUUCUCCAAAUCGACAAAUAAUUUGUUCAAACUUCGAAAGACGACCAUCUCAUAUAAAAAAGGGAAAUCGCAUUAACCAUGAUGCAUUGCUUUCCUUAAAUCUUCAGUUCGGCGAAACAUCUUAACCGCCUAUCAAGAUGACGCAUAGAACUUUCUCGACUCAUCUCGCACGGGCCGCAUCUAGGGGUCUGAACCCCCCUCCGAUUGGGGGACAUCAUGUUGAGUCCCUACGACGACUAGGUACGGCGGGAGCUGUAGCGAUCCCGAAUAUUACAGAGCCGCAAAAUCCGGUCCAGGCGCCGCCAGCUCGGCCUUCUCGCCGGCAGUUGUUGAAAGAUGCAAAGCCGUUUUCGGACUUUCUUACGGACACCUUCCAACGGCAGCAUGACUACUUACGCAUUUCGCUCACGGAAAGGUGUAAUCUUCGAUGUGUCUAUUGCAUGCCAGAGGAAGGUGUCCCUCUUUCCCCUCCCAGAGAGUUGCUGACGACCCCUGAGGUUGUUAUGUUGUCAUCCCUGUUUGUUUCUCAGGGGGUUAACAAGAUCCGACUCACAGGAGGGGAACCUACUAUCAGAAAAGACAUCCUAUCGUUGAUGCAACAGAUUGGUGCUCUUCGACCGUAUGGUCUGCGGGAGCUCUGCCUUACCACGAACGGUAUAGCUCUUCACCGAAAGCUUGAGGGUAUGGUCGAAGCUGGGCUAACCGGCGUCAACUUAAGCCUCGAUACGUUGGAUCCAUGGCAGUUCCAAAUUAUGACUAGGCGAAAAGGCUUUGAUGCCGUGAUGAGGAGCAUUGACCGAGUAUUUGAGCUCAACAAACAUGGAGCUGGCGUCAAGCUUAAGAUUAACGCCGUCGUCAUGCGAGGGAUCAACGACCGGGAGAUCAUCCCUUUCGUCGAAAUGACUCGCGAGAAGGAUAUUGAAGUGAGGUUUAUAGAAUAUAUGCCGUUCGACGGUAACAAGUGGAACGAGGGUAAAAUGUUCAGUUACUCCGAGAUGUUGGAUCGUAUUAGGGAGAAAUUUCCUGGUCUAGAAAAAGUGCAAGGUCACAAGAACGACACAAGCAAGACUUACAGGAUCCCCGGGUUUGUCGGCAAAAUCGGCUUUAUCACGAGCAUGACGCACAACUUCUGUGGGACAUGCAAUCGUCUUCGCAUCACAAGCGAUGGAAACCUCAAAGUUUGUCUUUUUGGAAACGCUGAAGUCUCGCUGCGUGAUAUCCUGAGAGAAUCCAACGGUGGAGAGCCGAUUGACGAGGAAGCUUACGAAGCAAUGAAAAAGAUCGAGAUGAACAGACAACAGCAAAUAUCAAACGAGCCAACUCCUCUUCACUUGUCACCUAAUGAGCAACGGCUUCUCGAAGUCAUCGGCAUGGCUGUGAAGAGGAAGAAGGCUAAGCAUGCUGGUAUUGGCGAACUGGAACAUAUGAAGAAUAGACCCAUGAUACUCAUAGGUCAGCAGCGAUUCAUGCCGGAUAGCCGUUCACAAGUCUUGCCUUGGGAUGUUGUCAGGAAUCCUCUUGUCAUACCCUCAGCCCCUAAUAGUGUCGUCUCCUGGUUACGUACCCCGCCAAAUAACAUCGUACACGGGCAACACUUGCGGUGCUUCUCACACACGAGCCUACGGCAUGAUGAAAAGAGCAACGUUGUCAAGUUGACGCAUGUGUCCGAGUCUGGCUCUGCUCACAUGGUGUCUAUUUCGGAAAAGACGCCGACCAAGAGAGUCGCCAAGGCUGCAUGCAGUGUUAACUUUACCAAUGAGAUCGCCUGCAAGCUCAUAAAAGAGAAUCAGAUUAAGAAGGGCGAUGUUUUAGGGGUUGCCCGACUGGCAGGGAUCAUGGCCGCAAAGCGAACAUCGGAUCUCAUCCCGCUAUGUCACCCUAUUGCAAUUACCAAGGUCACUGUAGACCUUGCCGUACGUGAAAACGACGAUAGUAGCAAAGAGCACGGGGGUGGUCGAAUUGAGAUCGAGGCCACCGUAGCUUGCGAAGGCAAGACAGGGGUAGAGAUGGAAGCUUUAACAGCUGCUUCCACGGCAGCUCUUACUGUAUAUGAUAUGUGUAAAGCAGUAGACAAAGGGAUGUGCAUUCAAGGCUUGAGAGUCGUUCUCAAGGAGGGUGGCAAGAGUGGCCGUUGGGUUGACGGUGCUCGGGACGAUUUAGCUGGGCCAAAUGAAUAAUACGACUUGUUAAACGA